AUGAUGUCACUGGCAGCCAAUCAACACUUAGAGCUGCUCUAUGUGUGUGUGUGUGUGUGUGCGUACGAGUGGAGGAGGGGGGAGUGUGGAGGUGCCCACGGAGUGCGAGAGGAGCCCCACUUUGUGACGGCGCGUGCAGGAGAAAGCGUCAUCCUGGGAUGUGACGUUCCCCACUCCCUCAACGGCCAGCCCUACGUGGUGGAGUGGUUCAAGUAUGGGAUGCCCAUUCCCUUCUUCAUCAACUUCCGCUUCUACCCUCCUCAUGUGGACCCGGAGUAUGCAGGCAGGACCAGUCUGCAUGGAAAGUCGUCCCUGCGGAUAGAGAAGGUGCGCUCAGACGACCAGGGCUGGUACGAAUGUAAGGUGCUUUUGUUGGAGCAGCAGUACGACACCUUCCACAAUGGGAGCUGGGUGCACCUGACGGUCAACGCUCCCCCCACCUUCACAGAGACUCCUCCUCAAUACGUGGAAGCCAAGGCAAUGGGCAGCAUCACGCUGACCUGCACGGCCUUUGGCAAUCCCAAACCUUCCGUCAGCUGGCUGCGAGACGGCAACCUCAUAGUCAACAGUGCCAAGUACAAGGCAAAAGCACAAGAAGAGUACGCAGAAGCAAAUAGGAACGUCAAAAGAAGUAUUAGAACAGACAAGCGUAACUACUUAGAGGCACUGGCAACAGAGGCAGAGGAGGCAGCUCUCCAUCACAGAACCAAGGAUCUGUAUUCCAUCAGCAAGAGAAUCACAGGGAAGUUUGCCAAACCGGAGAGACCAGUAAGGGACAAGAACGGAGGAACGAUAGCCGAUGACGAAGGGCAGAAAAAGAGGUGGAUCGAGCACUUCCAGGAGCUACUGAACAGGCCAGCUCCUGAGAACCCACCGGAGAUACUGCCAGCCACUAGUGAUCUUCCGAUCAAGUGCUACGCACCCACGAAGGAAGAAAUACACAGCGCCAUCAAGCAAUUGAAGAACGGCAAGUCUGCAGGUCCCGACAGCAUACCGGCAGAAGCGCUGAAGGCUGACGUCGAUACUUGUGUAGAGCUAUUCUACCCGCUCUUCAUCAAGAUAUGGGAAGAAGAAGAGAUACCAGCAGAGUGGAAAGAGGGAUAUCUCAUCAAGCUCCCAAAGAAAGGUGACCUCAGUUCAUGCUCCAACUACAGGGGAAUAACGCUGUUGUCCAUACCAGGAAAAGUGUUUAACCGCAUCCUGCUGAACCGAAUGAAAGACUCAGUGGACCCGCAUCUCCGUGACCAACAAGCCGGCUUCCGAAAAGAGAUUGUGCACGGACCAGAUCGCAACCCUGCGCAUCAUUCUGGAACAAUCCUUGGAAUGGAAUUCGCCCAUUUAGAUGAUCUAGACUUUGCUGACGAUUUGGCCCUUCUCUCCCACACCCAUCAACAGAUGCAGGAAAAGACCAGCAGGGUAGCAAACAACUCCGCUAGACUGGGCCUCCACAUCAACAGAGGGAAGAGCAAGGUGUUUAAGAUCAAUGCAUCCAACAACACACCCAUCACAGUCCAAGGCGAGGCGCUGGAGGAGGUAGACAGCUUUACAUAUCUCGGCAGCAUCCUGGAUAAAUAUGGGGGAACGGAUGAAGAUGUCAGAACCCGCAUCGGUAAAGCGCAAACAGCCUUCCAACAGCUGAAGAAUAUCUGGGGAUCCAGCACAAUUAGCAUCACCACCAAGAUCAGGCUCUUCAAUACCAUCGUGAAGCCAAUACUCCUCUAUGGAGCAGAGACCUGGAGAACCACUGUGGUCACCAUAAAGAGAAUCCAGGUCUUCAUUAACUCCUGCCUCAGGAAGAUCCUCAAAAUCCGAUGGCCAGAAAAGAUAUCCAAUGAAGAAUUAUGGACGAAAACGAACCGGCAGCCCGUUGACGAAGCUAUCCUUCAGAGACGCUGGCGAUGGAUAGGUCACACCCUCCGCAAGUCCGCGUCCAGUAUAACUAGACAAUCUCUCACCUGGAAUCCUCAAGGAAAGAGGAAGAGAGGGCGACCUAGAAACACCUGGCGCCGAGAUCUGGACGCAGAUGUCAAGCAGAUGGGAAAGACGUGGGGGCAGCUGGAGAGACUCGCCCAGAACCGAGAUGCCUGGAGGAAGCUGGUCGGCGGCCUAUGUCCCAAACGGGACCACAGGCGAAGAUGA